GGCCACCAAGACCCACAAACGGGCCGCGGAUCACGCCAAGUGAACAACUCGAGGCAAAGUACUCACUUUACUCGCGACUUGGUCUUAUACUCUAUCUGCUGUUCUUCUUCUUGUACUUCUUGUACAAAUCUGAGUACUCAGCUUUGGUGACCGGCGUGUUACCUCGUGUACAAACUUUCUUCCUGAGUAAAAUUUGCUGAAAACACGCGUGAUACUGAAGAGGUGGAGGAGAACGCGUCUGCUUCGAAAGAAGAAAACAACCAUUGAAUAAAAUAAAAAAGAAGAUCAACAAACCAACAAGAACAGAGUAGAGGUUAUCCUUCGACUCAACAAUUACACUUCCUUCCGAGUUGGGUGUGCAGUCCAUCCCGGAGGUUAGAGAAACGCGAGCACCAUUACUGACAUAAUGAAGAGGGAGGCAGACACGAUGGGCGGUCAAGGGGGUCCGAUGACCCCUCACAAGCGAUACCGUCAAGGAGAUGACGAGUUACGACUCCUUAUUCCAAGCAAGGUUGCUGGCUCUAUAAUUGGAAAGGGCGGACAGAAUAUCACGAAACUCCGUAGUCAGUACAAAGCCUCAAUCAUUGUACCCGAUUGCCCCGGACCCGAACGAGUCCUGACUAUCAGUUCGGAUUUGGAUACAGUACUCCAGGUUCUGAAUAAAGUUGUACCCAAUCUUGAAGAGAAUGGAACAAAACACGGAAGUGAUGAAAUCGAUAUUCGUAUGCUUGUCCAUCAAAGCCAAGCCGGUUGUGUCAUCGGCAAGGGUGGACUCAAGAUAAAAGAGCUUCGUGAGAAAACUGGUGCGAGGAUCAAGAUUUACUCAAACUGUUGUCCCCACAGUACUGAUCGUGUCAUCAGCAUUUGCGGCAAGUCUGCGACAUGUAUGGACUGCAUUAGAGAAUUGGUUGCCACCAUAAAGACAUCACCACUGAAGGGUAUAAAUAACCCGUACGAUCCUCACAACUACGAUGAUUACUAUGCCGAUGAGUAUGGUGGUUAUGGAAGCGGAGACGGUCAAGGUAAACCCGGAUUCCCAGGAGGACGUGGAGGCGGCGGGGGUGGUGGUGGUGGUGGCGGUGGUGGAAUGCCACCCCGUCGUGACAACCGAGGCGGCGGCCCGCCAGAUAUGAAUCGAGGAUUCCCUCCACCACCUCGCGGAGGUCCCCGAGGGGGCGGGGGUAGUAUGUCAGGUCCACCUGACCGUGGAUACGGUGGCAAUGCCCGAGGUGGCGGCUACGAGGGAGGCAGAGGAGGCGGCGGUGGUGGUGGAGGCGGAGGUGGAGGCUACGCUGGAAACAGGGGCGGCCCUCCGCCUUUCGGUGGAGGAAAUUACAACGAUAAUGGAUGGGGAAUGCAAGGAAAUGCUCCGAACGGACUUGGCGGCGGCGGUGGUGGUGGUGGAGGCGGAGGUGGCGGUGGCGGCGGUGGUAAUUCUGGUAUGGGUGGCCCACCGAUGGGAGGAAAUAAUCAGGGUAACCAGGGUGGAAAUAUGGGUGGAAAUAAAACCAGCACUCAAGUUACCAUUCCAAAAGAUCUUGCGGGAGCAAUUAUUGGCAAAGGCGGUGCAAGAAUCAGAAAAAUUCGAUCUGACAGUGGAGCCUCUAUCACAAUAGAUUUACCACUACCCGGAAGCAACGAUCGCAUAAUAACAAUAUCCGGAGUACCAAAUCAAAUACAGAUGGCCCAGUAUCUGCUGCAACAGAGUGUACAAGAGAAUGCGGAUCAUUAUUAAAUUACAUGGACUGAUACGCUAACGGGGAGCCAAAGAUGCGUCUGAACGUUUUUCUUUCAUUCAUUUUUUUUUUUUUUUUAUUUUAUUAUAAAAAAUGCAUCAACAUCAACAACAUUUUCAAUUAAUAAUAAUAAUAAUUAUUGAUAAAUAAAAAAAAACGAGUAUAUAUUUACGUAGAAAAUGCAUUAAUUAGAAUAUUUCCAUAUAGUAACAGCACAUCGCAAUACUGAUGUACUCCGGAGUAAAUACACGAUAACAAUCAAUCGCAUGUGAGAAAAAUAUAUUAAGAAAAUUUAUUAAGUAAUAACAUGAUGGAGUGUUGAUACUUUUUCACUUAGAUAUUUUUCCAAUAAUUAUUUUCAUUAUAAUAUUCAAUAAUAUGUAGAAUAUUUAAACUAAUGCCUUUUAAUUUUUAUUGGGGCUCUUUAAUAAUUAAUAAUAAUAAUAAUAAUAUUAAUAAUAAUAAUAAUAUAUGAACAUCUAUGAAAGUUUGAUUUUAUAAUUAUUUUUUUUCUCUCCGAAGACUAAAGUAAGUUCGACUUAAACAGUUUUCAUUUUUAUAAAACUUUUUCGCAUAUGUGACAACAUUUUUCUAAUGUAUAUUUUUUUUUUUUGAAUUUAUUUGUUUAUCAUUUAAUGUAAAUAAAUAAUAACUUAAAUAUUCUAUAAAAUUAUUAUAGAAUUUGCUAUCGUUUAAUUUAAAAAAUCAUUAUUAUUAUUAUUAUAAUAAAUAUUAUAAUUAAUAUAAUUAUCAUUAUCAUAUUUACAUAUAUUAAUUACAAUGUAUCUUUAAUUUUUUUUUUUUAAAUAAUUUUUUUUUCUAUAAAUGACAGUCUUCAGGCUGAUUUGAGCACCGUUAAAAAGUACGAACUCUUGAAGUUUGUCAUGAUAAUAAUAAUAAUUAUUAAAAUAAUGACAAUUAAUAAUUACAGACACACAAAUUGUAUGAGAAAUAAAAAUCCAAAAACAAUAAUGAUAAAUCAAAAAAUUAAUCGCUAUUAUUGAUACAAUAGUUAUUUUUAUUGGCCUAAAGUUUUUGAAUAAUCGAUAACAAAAAAAAAUAAUUAUCAUCAUACGACACAAAAUAUAACAAUUUUUCUUACAUAAUAUUAAUUUAAAUAAAAUAUAUCAAGUAAAAUAGUGACGCGUUUGGAGAAAAAUCAUGUACAUAAUUAACAUUUUUUUCUCAACAUUGAAAAUUUAAAAACGUCAAUCAAUAGAUAAAAAAAAAUUUAGAAAUUAUUCAUUCAUUUUGGAUUAAUUUUAUUAAAUUUAAAUAGUUAUGGAUCUUUGAGCUGCAACUGACGCUUAGCAUCUCUCUUAUUAAUAAUAAUUAUCAUUAUUAUUACAAUAUAUAACAUUUAUAAAGAAAAUAUAUAUCAAUAAUGUUGAUUUUUAAAAAUAAAUCAUCGAUCGUUAAGCUUGAGAGUUCCGAUUCGUGAUACUGAAGUCAGCCGACGUUUAAUAAUUUUUGGAUUUUUUUUUAUGAUAAAUUAUAAAAAAAAAAAUAUUUAAAAAAAUUGCACUUGUAGUUUUUUUAAUUUUCUACAUGUACAAUUUUUAGUUUUUUUUUUUUGCAUUUGAUUCGGAAAAAAAAUCCAAAAAUUGUCUGCUAAUUUCAGAGUCAUUGUCAUUAAGAUUCUUGUGUAUCGAUUGACAUAAAUUACAAUCGAAUUAUAACAUAAAAAAAUGACGUAUGGUCAUAAGUAAUCGUAACUCUCAAACUUUUUUUACUGUAGAAUUAUGUGGUAUUUUGAAUUUCUUAUGUGUGUCUUAAAAAUUGAGUACGACUUUAAAUCAAAACGGAAUAAUAAUUAAAGCCUAUGAAUAUUUAAAUUUAAAAUAUCAUAUUUGUCAUCAAUAUAUUAAUAAAUACUGUUAAUUGUAUCCAAUAAAUUCAGCUUUAAUUUUUUAUCCUCAGGAAAAUUUUACAAGGGCAUUUGUAAAUCAACAGCUGAAUUUAUCGAAAAAAAAAAUAAA